AUGCCCACGAAGCCAAAACUUUUAAUUGAUGAAGCAACAACUGUACUUGACAAUUUUUACAACAUCAAAACUCAAUCAAUCAAAUCCCUUCCGAGCUAUGAUGACCUCAACUUCCUCAUCACCACUUCAACCUCAACAAAAGUCGUCCUGAAAGUCUUCCACGAAGAAUUCUCCUCCGAUGAAAACCGCGUUUCCGAACAAGCAGAACUCCAGCAAUUUUGGUUCAAUUCCGGCAUCGCCGUCCCGCAGAUAAUCAAGACAAAGGAAGGGCUUUUGCAGAAGAAGCUCAAGACAAAAAUGGCGAACGGAAAAGAUGGAGAGUGUUACGUCCGGCUGUUGGAAUUUAUUGAAGGAGAGAUGUUGCAAAAAUUGCCCGUUGAGGAACAGUUUUUUUCGGAGAUCGGAGAAGCUAUUGCAAAAUGCCACUUGCUAAUGGAAAGAAAGGGGUCUUCAGAGAAGUUCCCUUUCACUUCGAAAUUAAAGCACAUCUGGUCAAUCGAACGAGUCGUGAAUCCAGAAUGGGAGGAAAGAAUCGCCACUCUUGAAUCAGAAGAAACAACCGCUUCAGUCAAAGCGGCGAUCAAAGAUUUCAAAGAGAUAUUGAAAAACAACUGUGAUUUACCAAGUGGAGUCGUUCAUGGAGACUUAAAUUCACUCAACAUCAUCGGAGAAAAAGACGAAUCUGGAAAAGCUGCGCUGAAGGCUUUCAUUGAUUUCGGUGAUGUCUGCGGGAGUGCCUUAGUUUUCGACCUUUCCAUCGCUGUUCUUUACCACAUGGUGGCAGUCUUCACCAAAACUUCAUCCCUCGAAUCCGUCUACCAGCCAAUCAGCUGGCUUCUCCGUGGAUAUCUUCAUUCCCGGAAACUUACGGAAGCCGAGAUAAAUGCUAUUUAUUAUGCAGUGCGAGCACGAGCAGCUCAAAGCGUCUUAGGAGCUUAUCACACGUUGAGCACCGAGCCCGAAAACAGGGAAUAUCUGCUAUCGGAAGCGGGCCCGGCCGAAAAGCUGCUCAACGAAAUGCAGAAUUUGACGAAAGAGCAGUUUCUUCUCAGAAUCAUACCCAAACUUUGA